AAUUUCCAAAAGAAGAGCCGCAUGCGCGUUUCAGUCUUUCUCGUAGGUUAUCGUUUCCGACGCCAUUAUCGUUCUCCGAGACGAAAACGGGAUUUCGCAAAAUAAUUCAACAUCAGCAGCGGUUCAAGCAAUCAAGGAUGGCAUCUGAUACAGUGAUGGCUAACAGUACCCCACAACUGGUACAAAUUGCUGUAUCGGGUCUCAUGGACACUCAUCCCGUGGAUCAUCUAGAUUCUUCCUCUGAUCAUGAUGAUACCUGUGAUGAGCCAGCUUUGAAACACCGCCGUGUAGAUGUAGAUUUUGAUGUGAAUUCUGGUACUUCUGUUAAGCAAAUUUUGUUCAAUAUCAACAAAGCUAUCUGUUUGAGACUGGACUGUAUUGAGAACUAUUUGUCAUCACUAAACACUCGGACCAGAGAAAUAGAAGAUAAAGUGGACCAACUUAUGUCUAUGUCAAAACAAAACAACAAUGGUCAACAACAAUCAGGUGCAAUUAAAAAGGGGGCAAUAGUUGUAGGACUACCACAGCACAAUGGAAAAGCUAGUGGUGAUGGGACUGAUGGAAUGGAGUCCAAUGCCUCACUGAACUCUGUAGACAGUAUAGCAAGUCUAGGACCAAAUGUUACAUUGAUAACACUAAACAGUGAAGAGGAUUAUCCGAAUGGUACAUGGCUGGGUGAUGAUAGUAACGUUGAAAUGAGAGUAAGAUGUGCUGUCACACCAAGUGAUUUACUUCAUAUACACUCCAACUGCCGGACACCAGAGAAGAUGGCACUAACACUUCUAGAUUACCUGUUUGACAGGGAAACUCAGGCCAUAUCUAAUUUAUCUGGACUUGGUAAACAUGGCAAAAAACAGCUUGAUCCUUUAAUGAUUUAUGGAAUUAGAUGUCACCUUAUUCACAGAUUUCAAAUCACAGAAAAUGACUGGCACAGAAUAAAACAGAAUAUAGACUCAAAAUGUCGGACAGCAUUCCGACGUCGACAACGAGGCAUGCCACUGACGGUGAAAGCGUUCCGCGGGAAAGCGUUAUCUGGUUAUAAUUCAUUAAUGCCAGGAGAAAUGAUGAGUGACGAUGAUUCUAUCGGUCAAGAUGAUACGCUUCAUAUACAUCAAGGCAAUAGUCAUGAUGUGUAUUUACAAGGUGAUUUAGACAGUCAGCACGGUGUGCCUAUGCAAGGUGAUGGUUUACAAGGUGAGGUACAGAUUCUUCACGCCACACCAGAACAGAUCUCACAAUUACAACAUGCUCAACAUAUACAAAUCCUGCAAGGAGACCAAGUAAUACAAGUUCCAGUGCCACACAAUAUUCAACAGUUAAAUGCCUCUGAUCUUCCGGAAGGUUUACAGGUAGCUGUGUCAGCAGUCUCGCUACCCCAGAUGUCAGACACCUCCCCGCAAUACACGGAGCUGAAGGGGGAAAACGUAGUUACACACGAGCACAACCAAUGACAAUUAACCUUGUCAGACUGUCUUGAUGAUUCGUCACCUCAAGUUUGACGCCACACAAAUUAGUUGGCUUUAUUUAAAAAAAACGAAACAUUGCUGUAAUGCAAUCGUGAAAUGUAAUGGAUGACUUUUCAGAAAGGGUACUGGACUUCUGGUGCAGAAGAUUUUGUUUGUGGUGAACAUCAUAUCACAUUGAUAUAGACAGAAUAGUUUUGAUAUAGAAGGUAUAUAAUGGGGUAGUUUACUUGCCUUCCUUAUGAAAGGCUGAAGGAGUUGAUGGAUGAGAAUUGUAAAGUUCAGUUUAUAUACAUUAACUAUAUAUUAUAGAUGUAAAUGCAAUGGAAGUCUUUCUCAUUUAAAUAUAUGUGUUCUGUUUAUGUGUCGGACUAGGUGCCUUUGAUAGCUUAGGUAAAUUCCUUAGUUUGAUAGCAGGUUAGACUUUCAUACCCUAUUAAAAGAAAGAAAUGUCUCUUAAUUUUACCUGUGUGACAACCCUGAACAAAUUAUAUUGUAGGAUGGUUAAGAUAUUAGAUAUAUCUGAACAGUUGUUUAAGCCACCAUUUGUAAAUUUCAUUUAAUGGUUUAUCACAUUAUUGAAGUAAUCUGAUGAGUCUACUCUUAUUUCAAGCAUUGACCUUUUGCAUGUAACCUGCCAAAGUAUACAUUUGUUGACUCAUGUUUGUGUCCAAAAUACUUUAUUUAUAGUUUUUAGCACCCGAGAAAAGUAUUUUCCUCGGUAGAUAUAACUUUCAUCAGGUAUUAAAAAGAAGCAUAAGUUUACAAUCAACUUACGGUAUAACUAUAGCAUGGUAUAUGUUUACCUUUAAAUAGAAUAGCCCAUUGUGAUAAAACUGUCAUGUCUACACAUCUUUUUAGUGGUCAUGUGACAUCAGUGCUAAUCAGCCAAUCAAAAUGGUGCUUUUAUUAACAGUGUUUGAUAUUUACCUUUCUGUGCGACCUUAUUGAGAUGGGCAAGUCUGCAUUUAUUUUAAGUAUCCGUUUUAUAUUUAAUGCAUGAUCUUUGAAUUCUUCAUUUAUGAUCUUGUUCAUCCACCCUUGUACUUAAUAACGGGGCUCGUUAUACUAAUAGUCAUAAAUGACUACAACUGCAUUACACAUUUAAAAAUACAUGAUCAGUUUGAUAUUUAAAUGCAAUAUAAUAAGUAUGAUGCUACUGGCUAUCAAGUUAUAUUGUGCUGUUAGUAAUUAUCAUAAUCAUACAAAAAAUAAUUACCAAAGCUGUUGUUUUGAAAUUCAUGCCAAAGCAAAUAUCUUGUGUGGAUUCACUGCUGAACCCUAUUUAGAAAAGCAUGGAAACAUUUAAGAUAAAGUAUUGUUUAUUUAUAUAAACUUAUUAUAUUGAUGUGUGUUUACGCUCUUCAGUGACAACCAUGAUAAUAUGAAAAGGAGCCUCCAGGGCUGAGUGGUUUAGGUUGCAGACUUCAAAUCACUUGCCCUUCACUGGGAUGGGUUCAGAACCCAACAGGGGCAUCAGAUUCUUGUAUGUAAGCUCACAGAAGAAAUUUACAAAAGAAUGGUGGUUCUAAUUAGGUGCCAGCUUGUGCCUAAAAUAAUGCAUGAAUGGGCACAGGAGUCGCUUCCACCACAUACUUUAACUUUCUAAAGCCUAUGACAUUUACACUUACAGUGUUAGUGUGACCUGGAACUGAACAAAAUAAAUAUGAAAAGAAAGUUACAAAUAUACUUUUUGAUAUUUAUAUUGUAAAUUUCACAAGUUUGAGCUUUACAUUCAUUUAUUUAUUUAUUCUUUGUAUUACUUAUUUUCUCUCUUCUUUUUUUUAAGGCAAAAAAUUGAAAACUCAUUAAUUCCAUGGUAUGAUAAUGUUAGAAAGUCUCUAACAGGGCAAAGUGUAUUUUUUAUUGAAAUUUAAUAUUAGUUGAUUCUUGUAAUUUUAUUGUUAUUUAUUUUUGUUAAUGAUGUAAAUUAUGACAAUGUUUGCAAACUUAUGAUAAAGUAGGUAAAUAUGUUUAUGCUUUUCAUCAUAUGCAAAAGAUUUCCAUUUAAAUAUAUACAUGUACUGUUAUUAAAAGAAUUAUUGUUAUAAUGAAUGUCCUACUAUUUAUCAAAGGCCUGCAUUACAUUUGAUAGAUACCAAAAAAUUUGAAUAUACUCUGCAAACUAGUGGUCUGAAACUUUGGUGCAUUUAUCAUUCAAGAAAUGGAUGGAUUACAAAAAAAGAAGUGCUAAUACUUUCAUGUUGUAUGUUUAGUAAAUAUAUAUAAAUGGAUGUUGAUAGCAUUAACUCUGAAUGUUAGAGAUAAUAAAAAAGCUUUUGCUACAAAUUUAGAGUUUGGCAAAUCUUCAAGUCGAACCAGCCUCUUUACUGCUGGCUUAGCUCAUAAGGCAGAGCACUGGGGUUACUUGUUCGCUCCGCUAUCAUGUGGAAUUAUCAUUUUUUGUCGGUCAUUUGCCUAAAAAAAGGUUAUUAUAGGUUAGUUAUCCAAGAAAGCUGGUUAGUUGGAUUGACAGCAGAGAUAUGACCAAAUUUUUGUGUCGCCUUGAAAAGGUGACAUAUAGGGGUUACUUUUGUCGGCGGUGUCGGCGUCGUUGUCGGCGUCCCCUAAAGCUUGUCCGGAGCAUAACUCAGUCACUAUAAGUCUAAUUGACUUCAAACUUUGUAUGCAUGCUUCUUUCAAUAACUUGAAGUGCAGUGCACAAGGACCGGUACUCUGCAGUUCUUAUGUUUUGAGUUAUUGCCCUUUGUUAAUUUUCAUACUUUAAUUUUAAUUUUGUCCGGGCCAUUUCUCUUCAACUAAAAAAGCUAUGGACUUGAAACUUCAUAGGAUGAUAGAUCUCAUUAUUAAGAAGUGCAGUGCACUAGAACCAGUACUGUGCACUUCCUAAUUUUUGAGUUAUUGUCCUUAGUUAAUUUUCAUACUUUAUUUUUGUCCGGGCCAUUUCUCCUAAUGUAUAAAAGCCAUGGACUUGAAACUUCAUAGGAUGAUAGAUCUCAUUAAAAAGAAGUGCAGUGCAUAAGAGCUGAUACUCUACAUUUCUUAUUUUUGAGUUAUUGCCCUUUGUUGAUUUUCUUACUUAAUUUUUGUCCUGGUCAUUUCUCCUCAAGUAUGAAAGCUAUGGACUUGAAACAUCAUAGAAUGAUAGAUCUUAUUGAUAAGAAGUGCAGUGUACAGAAACUGCUGCUCUGCACUUAUUAUUUUUUUAGUUAUUGCCCUUUGUUAUUUUUCAUAUUUCAUUUUUGUCCUAGCCAUUUCCCCUAAACUACAUUGUUCACAAGGCGACCAUCUGACUCGCGGAGUUCUAGUUUUUAAAGCGAUGCAAAAUUCCUCAAUCCUAAAUAAAAAGUCAGACAAACUGCUGGUUCAUAUUCUAAAUUUCAUGCAUGUGCUGACGGCUUUGUUUUUUACGGGCAAAAAAUAAAUAAAUGUAUAACUUAUAAUGUAUGCAAAGGACAGCAGUACAAUUCAUCAGUGCACAAAAAAAAAUCCAGUUGUUAAUUAUUCAACAAUAUAAUCCCUAUUUGUACAAAAAUGGUUUUGAAAGAAAGAAAACAAACUGUUAAAAAGCAUAAACAUAUUUUUCAUAUGGAUUAAAUAUGAUUUUGUUACUAUGGAUUUCAAUAGCAACAAAUAAAAAAUGAAAAGAAUUAAAAA